AUCUUCGUCAACAACAAAAACCCUAACCCUAAUGUAGUAAUAAAACAACCGAACUCCAAUAUUUCUUCUCUCCAGGAGCAAAGCCGUCCCCAACCAUCUCCAGAAUCUCUUCUCUUCAGUACGCGGAAAGAGAAAAGCGAGUAGAGAUGGCUUAUGCUGCGAUGAAGCCGACCAAACCGGGGUUGGAGGAACCUCAGGAGCAGAUUCACAAGAUCAGGAUCACUCUUUCUUCCAAGCAUGUGAAGAACCUCGAGAAAGUUUGUGCUGACUUGGUUCGGGGUGCCAAGGAUAAAAGGUUGCGAGUUAAGGGACCAGUGAGAAUGCCAACAAAAGUUCUUCACAUUACCACCCGCAAAUCCCCUUGCGGUGAAGGAACCAACACUUGGGACAGAUUUGAGCUACGCGUUCACAAGCGUGUCAUUGACCUUUUCAGCUCCCCCGAUGUGGUUAAGCAGAUCACAUCCAUAACAAUUGAACCUGGUGUUGAGGUAGAGGUUACAAUUGCAGAUUCAUGAAUAUGAAACCCAUAUUUUUUCUACGUGGCUCCGACCAAAGCUUUGAUUUCUAAGUAGAAAUGCUCUAUCCGUAGCCCUAGGAUGUUGUUGUAUGGGUUACUUUAGUUUUCAACUCGAGAAGAUUUUUUGUUUUAAUUUGGUUCGGACCCUGAUUUUGUUUAAUGUUUGACAUCCUACGAUGAUAGUAAUUUGAAUGUGUUAUUUAAAUGUCAUUAUUUGUUUC